AUGAUGGCCGAGCCAGAAAAGGAAUGUAAGCAAAUGGAAAUAGCCGUUCAACGGCAUCGGAAAAUGUUGCACUACGUGACGAAGAAAUGUGUGCCUCUGCUGGAAUCGAAGCUAAAGGAGGCGGACGAUAAGUCGAUGUCAUGGAAGGACCGAGCGCUGAGAGCAGAAGGAAGAAUUGCGUUGUUAGAGCGACAGCUGGAGGAAAAAGCUAACCAGACAAAUCAUUACAAAAAGUUGUACGAAGGACAAUACCAAGUGAUGAUCAAGAUCGGAUCCGUGAUGGGUGAAAUCGUGUGGAAAUCAUUCAAAAGUCAAUCGAAUGUGAAAAUGUUAAUACAAGCGCAGGAAACAAUGCGAAAGUAUUGUGCCCUGACGAAAGGCAUCAUUGAUUCCUUUCUGUUGGCCUACGGUAACAAUUUACCUCCCCUUCAAUCGAUGGAACACGUAUUUGUGAUAUCGGUGCUUGGAGCUAUAACAAACCUGGCUGCAUUCACCGAGGGUAGAGCAUUCCUAGCGCAGCAAGAAGAGGUGGUACAUCUCAUGAAAAAGAUGGUACUGGAUCAGGAGCAUUGGAGAUUUCCUCAUUUUCGCCUCAUGAAGCGAAUGGUACUUACGUUCGCGUACAACAUGUCACUGGAGGAUCCGGUCGCUUAUUUCAUGUUAAGCGAAGAAAAGCUUGUCAGCGGUGUUCUGCGUUGCUUAAACUUGAAUGAUCCCACGGACGUUGUAGCCGUUGCGGUGGCAAUUAUCUAUCGGCUGCUGAGCACUUCACUGCAGGCAGGAAUUCCCUCAUCUUUGCCAGAAAAGAUUCCGUGGUCUAUGAUAGUAACGAUGAAGAACUCGCCGGACAAACAACUGGGAGAAAUUGCUACGAGUCUUCUGAACGUCAUGAAAUCCUCGGAGGCUCCUGGGUUUUAAUAUUUUAUACAGUAAUAUCGAGAAUUAAGAUAUUUGAAGCGUCCGAGGGUUGGAGAAUAGAAUAAUGUACAAAGAUAAUAAGCAAUGAAUUGUUUGUAACGGUUCCUUUGAAGCUAAUGCAAUCAAAUAACAAUGUCUGAUUGUGAUUUUGUUUACAGCGGUAUACGGUUCUGUUUACGAACUGUCAAAUGUUGUAAACAAAUCAUCCAAACAAACCAGCAACAAGCCGCACAU